AUGCCAAAAAGAGCCUAUCCGUUUACUGAAAGUUUUUCAUCACAAUAUAAAAUCCACGUGGGGCAACAUGAGCUGUGUCAAAACGGAGUCUUUGGAAACAAGUACAAACAGGAAAUCUACGCGAAAACAAAAAACCUUCUUUUUAACGGGGCCAAGGCUGUGAUGGGCAAAAUAUGGACGGCAGAGGAUAAGUGCACGACUCAAAGAGUGUGUGUCCCAGAGCAGGAGUCGAGCAGCAGCAGCAGCCAGCCUCUGCUCAGGGGACAGAGACUCAUUGGACAAGACGGGAAACUUACCAAGGGCAUGUGUGCCCAAGGGCCCUCUACUGGAGUCACAAGCUGCGGCGUGUGUCUGAAGAGCCAGGCCACACAGACGACCUGUUCCCAGUGUGAGCGAGCUGCCUGCUCCUCCUGCACCAGGCAGUGCUCCUGCUGCUCCAGCUCCUGCUGCUCUGUCUGCACUACUAUAGAUUACAGUGGCAGAUAUGAUGAAGUCAUUUGCUGUGGCUGCUCGACGUGA